AAGUCUCCUGCUCCUCCUCCUGGCCCAUGCGUUCUCUUCGCGCGCGCCGGCUUCACGCGCUCAGAGCUGCCUCUCUCUCUGUCUCUCUCGGUACCGGCUGGGCCUUGUCGGAGCGCCUCAGAAAGAGAAGCCUCGCCCAGCGGUGGGUUAGUCCUUGUGAGGCGAAAGGUUUUAAAGCAAAUGAAGUACAUUUUGGUAACUGGUGGUGUUAUCUCUGGAAUUGGCAAAGGGAUCAUUGCCAGCAGUGUUGGGACAAUUCUCAAAUCAUGUGGAUUGCACGUCACUUCAAUUAAAAUUGACCCGUACAUUAACAUUGAUGCAGGCACCUUCUCUCCUUAUGAGCAUGGUGAAGUGUUCGUGUUGGACGAUGGAGGGGAAGUAGAUUUGGAUCUGGGUAACUAUGAACGUUUUCUUGAUAUCCGACUCACAAAAGAUAAUAAUCUGACAACGGGGAAGAUCUAUCAGUAUGUCAUCAACAAAGAAAGGAAAGGAGACUACCUGGGCAAAACUGUUCAAGUUGUACCCCACAUUACGGAUGCAAUUCAAGAAUGGGUGUUGAGACAGGCACGAAUACCUGUAGAUGAAGAUGGUAUAGAGCCUCAAGUUUGUGUGAUUGAGCUUGGAGGAACAGUAGGAGACAUUGAAAGCAUGCCUUUCAUUGAAGCAUUCCGCCAAUUUCAAUUCAAAGUCAAGCGAGAAAAUUUUUGCAAUAUUCAUGUCAGUCUUGUACCACAGCCAAGUUCUACAGGAGAACAGAAGACUAAGCCCACACAGAACAGUGUUCGCGAACUUCGGGGCCUUGGUCUUUCACCAGAUCUUAUUGUCUGCAGAUGUUCCACACCUCUUGAUACCUCAGUUAAAGAGAAGAUUUCCAUGUUUUGUCAUGUAGAACCAGAACAGGUCAUUUGUGUUCAUGAUGUCUCUUCCAUCUACCGAGUGCCUCUGUUGCUAGAGGAACAAGGAGUGGUGGAUUACUUUCGUCACAGGCUCAACCUUCCCAUUGAAAAGCAGCCUAGAAGAAUGCUGAUGAAGUGGAAGGAGAUGUCGGACAGAUAUGACCGUUUAUUGGAGACCUGCUCUAUUGCUCUUGUUGGCAAAUACACCAAGUUUUCAGACUCUUAUGCCUCUGUUAUCAAAGCUUUGGAACAUUCUUCUCUAGCUAUCAAUCACAAGCUUGAGAUAAAGUACAUUGAUUCUGCUGACUUGGAACCAAUUACUCUACAAGAAGAGCCGGUUCGAUACCACGAGGCUUGGCAGAAACUCUGCAGUUCUGAUGGAGUUCUAGUUCCAGGUGGCUUUGGUGUUCGAGGGACAGAAGGGAAGAUACAAGCUAUUUCUUGGGCAAGAAAACAGAAAAAGCCUUUUCUAGGAGUCUGUUUGGGAAUGCAGUUAGCAGUUGUGGAGUUUGCUCGCAAUAUCCUCAAAUGGCAAGAUGCCAAUUCUACAGAAUUUGACCCCAAAACGGCGCAUCCUGUGGUAAUAGACAUGCCGGAACAUAAUCCUGGUCAAAUGGGUGGAACAAUGCGGCUUGGCAAGAGAAGAACCGUCUUCCAAACGGAUAACUCAGUCAUGAGAAAACUGUAUGGAGAUAUUGACCAUAUAGAAGAGAGGCACAGGCACAGAUUUGAGGUAAAUCCAGAAUUGAAAAAUGCUUUAGAAGAAAAAGGUAUGAAGUUCGUUGGUCAGGAUGUUGAAGGAGAACGGAUGGAAAUAGUUGAGCUGGAAGAUCAUCCAUUUUUUGUUGGUGUUCAGUAUCAUCCAGAGUUUCUGUCCAGGCCUAUAAAGCCAUCUCCCCCUUACUUUGGUUUCCUCCUGGCUUCUGCAGGGAGGCUCGCACAUUAUCUACAGAAAGGUUGCAGACUCUCUCCUAGGGAUACAUACAGUGACAGAAGUGGAAGUAGUUCGCCAGACUCCGAGAUGACAGAAUUGAAAUUUACUGCAGUAAAUCAUGAGUAAUUGCAGAUACACCUCAUGAGUAGAAGAUCCUUUUUUGGAUGCAAUGGCUAAACACCUGGAAUCUUAUACCAUUAUAAUUUUAUUUUUAGAAAUCAUGUCACCCCUUUUUGCCCCUCUUUUACAUUUAUUUUUAGUACUUUACUUUGAGAAGGUGACACCAGUGCAUACUUAUGUGCUGUUAUAAGCUUACAAAGAAUAAUGGCAGAAGACAGAUUCUGGAUUUCUGGUGAAAUUUAGUAUGUUAUUAUGAAUAGUCAUAAAUGUUGCCAAGUAGAAUAUCUAGAUUCAGGUUUUCUGUGAACUUCCAUUGUAGGAAGUUAUAUAUUGUUUUCACUCUUAAAGGGUUGUAGAGUGGAAGAUUCUCAGGGCUGUAAAACUUAAUCCUUUUUAAAGUAAUGGAUUUGUUUCUACAUGGCCACUGUUGAAGACCUUUUCUGGGAAUAUCAUUUUUCUGCUCUUAAAACUAUAAUAUUUAGUUUAUUUCCCUCCUAGGAAGAGUGAAUGUGUUGCAAUAAUGGAAUUCAAAUGUGAGUGUAUAAAUUUUCAGUAUUUUAGAUGCACAGGCGAAGGGUGUAUUUUUCUUUACUCCUGUUUCCUGGACUCAUAUAAUUCCUUGUAUCAAGGGGGGGGGGGGGCGCUGUACAAGAAAACAACUUUUCAUAAGCUGCCUUUUGGGAUUCUCAAUGAGAUGGCUGCCUUGCAUUUAAAAGUCUAAAGUCCUUCUGUUUGUAAGGGAGGCCCACCUCACUCUGUCACCCCAUUGUUGAGAAAACGUCACCGUGUUGGCAUACAAGAUGCCAUAGGGGGAAUUCAGUAAUAUAUUUACUGCAGCCUGCAAGUGAGUAAAAGGAUGGCAGAGGACUUUUACAAACAUGAGAACUACAUGAAAUAAGAAUUUACGCUCUUUUUGCCAAUGUAGCUUAUACACUGUGUAUCAAGUAAAUAAGAAUGUUCUUAUAAAACAUGCCCUGUGUACAAACAGUUUUCAGUUCAUUAAAACUUGGGGAAAGUAA